AUGGAGAAUCUGCCUCAAGAUGGUGAUGCCCAAGGAGGCAUUGAUCCAAGAGCUGAUCACCUUCGACCACAAUGCCAGCCAAAACAUCCACCGCACCAAGCUCGUGCCAUUGCAACCUAUGAUCAACCUCACAUUAAUGGUCAUAGGUUGGGAAUCAGAGCACUACCAAUAAAUGGUGUUUCUGAAGAUGCUUUCAAGUUAAAGUUGUUCCCUUUCUCUUUGGGCGACAAGGCGCACCAGUGGGAGAAGAGUCUCCCAAGUGACACUGUUAUUACUUGGGAAGAGUGUAAGAGAGCUUUCCUACACAAGUUCUUCUCUACUUCAAGAACAUCUAAGAUCAGGAAUGAAAUCUCUGGGUUUCAACAGAAAGGUCUAGAGAGCUUCAGUGAAGCAUGGAAGAGGUUCAAGGGCUACUGUUCACAAUGCCCUCAUCAUGGUUUCAGCAAGGAGAGUUUGCUUAGCACCUUCUAUAGAGGAGCUCUACCACAGUGCAGAAACAGGCUUGAUACCGCCAGCAAUGGUUUCUUCUUGGGAAGAACUGAGGAAGAGGCAGAAGAGCUGGUAGAGAACAUGGCCAAAAGUGACUCGGUCUACAGUGAGGAGCAUGAUAGGGUCAACAGAAGUGAUGAUCAGCAGACAAAGAAAGAGAUCAAGUCCUUGCAAGAGAAUAUGGACUUACUUCUUUCCAAGCAAGCUAAGCAAGAGCAGAUGAACUUUGUGGGUGGUCCUAUUCAAGAGGUUCCUUCCAAGAUCAAUGAGGUUGAUGAGCAUAACUUUCAAUACAACAACUACCAGCAAAUGUCCUACUCUAACAACCAGCAAGGAGGAUACCAGCAGAAGCAAAACACUCAGCAAGGGAGCUAUCAGCCUAGGCAAAACACGCCUCCCGGUUUUAACAAUAACAACAAGCAGUCUACUCAAGCUCAAGGAAGUUCUUCCCAAGCUCCAGCUUCAGAUACAAGUGUGGAUGCAAUGUUCAAGAAACUUUUGGAUUUUCAGCCAAGUCGCCAACAAAGGGCAUUACCUGGAAAGCCAGAGCAAAAUCCCAAGGAAACAAUGAAAGCAAUCACCCUACGGAGUGGUAGAGAGUUACCUCCAAGAAUUCUCACCAAGGAUGGUGAAAAGCAAGGUGGGGAGGUGGCUAUCAACAUUGAUGAUGAAGUGGUGAUUGUAUAUGAGAAGGUUGGAGAAGAGAAGAGGACAGUGAAACAUGGCGAAACUGCUACUCCAACAAAGGAAUCAUCUUUUGUUCCUCCUCCCUAUGAGUCAAAGCUACCAUUCCCUGGGAGAUUCAAAAGACAGCUAUUGGAGAAGUACAAGGCACUCUUUGAGAAACAAAUGAGUGAAGUUCAGGUCACAAUGCCCAUCAAUGAUGCUUUUAUGUUGGUCCCUCAGUACAGCAAAUUCUUGAAAGAUGUUAUAGCUGCAAAGAAGAAAGAGAUGGAGGGCAUGAUGAUCCUUACCCACGAGUGCAGUGUCAUUAUCCAGAGGUUAGAUGUUUCAAGGAAGCUAGUGGAUCCAGGAUGUUUCACCUUACCUUGUGCUCUAGGACCCAUGGUGUUUGAGCGAUCAGUGAAGAUUCCUGUUGGUAUCUUAGAAGACCUUCCCUUGAUGGUUGGUAACUUUGAGAUCCCUACUGAUUUUGUUGUGUUGGAGAUGGGGGAAGAAGCCCAAGACCCUUUGAUCCUUGGAAGACCAUUCUUAGCCACAGAAGGAGCCAUUGUGAAUGUUAGACAAAGAAAGAUUGAUCUUCAUCUUGGACAAGGGAACAUCCUCCACUUUGACAUCAAUGAAGUGAUGAGGAGGCCAACCAUCCAGAACCAAGUUUUCUACAUUGAUGAAAUGGAUGUUCUAGCUGAUGAGCUUCUAGAGGAGUUGGCACUUGAAGACUCUCUACAGCAUGCCUUAACAAUUGAGAGAGAAGUCCAAGUGAUUGAGAACAAGGAAAGUGAUGCCUAUGUGAAGAUGUUGGACUCUCACAAGGGGAUUAGUGGUGAAGAACAGAAUGAGGAGCUUUCAUAUGAGAUUCACCAUGCUUCCUAA